CUUCUACACCUGGCAACCGCAUGAAGAGCUGUCAAAUUAUCUAACACGGUGUUUGUUUACAAUUUUUCUCCGGCAGAAAAGUUGCUCCGGCUGUGUUGCGUUCUUUUUGCCCGGUUCGUCAGCUCACCCAAGACACACACACCAGCCAAGCCGCCAAGAUGCGUAUGGCUAGCGUAUUGCUGCGUACACGCAAACCACAGAACGAAGCGGACGUCCCGUUUCAGGAGGUGCUGCCGCUGAAGCUGAAAAACCAUGUGAGCGGCAAAACGGACAAAACGAGCGAUGUCGCCUGCCUGCAGGAGAUGGCGGUGAUGUUUUCCUGCCUGAAGACGAACGACUUCAACGAGAGCCUGUGCGCGAAGGAGGUGGGCAACUUCCAGCGGUGCUACAAAGUGUACCUCGACAAGAAAACGGCCAAAAAGGAAACGUCCAGCAAGGGUGUGCUGGUGGCGGGGAAGGACCUCAACUACAAGCAGCUAAACAAGGUGCUGAAAAAAUAUCCCACAUCGGCACAGAAUUAGCAAGUUGGUGGAGUGGUGUAUUGGUGGAUAGAGGAGCAUUUGUUGGUUGUUAGGGAAGUUCCGUUUUAAGCAUCCGGUAGUGUAAUAAAAUACAUUUAAAAGGAUACUUAACUCGCUGCAAUAAGUAUUCGAAACAAAGUGUGUGAUUUCCGUUGCAAAAACAUCACGCUUUUCAAUUGCACAGACUGCACGAGUACCGUGCAGCCUUGCGAAUGAAAUUGCGACUGGCGCCAUCUAGCGGUCGGUCCUGUAAACCGUUUGAAUUUCUCCCGUUUGAAUGCCGUUUGUUACUGUCCGUUGGUGGAAUUAUUUCGGAUAGGACACGCAAGAAAAAAUAUGUUCCAAACUAGCUUAGUUCUCGCCAUUUGCUGAGUUGAUUCUUUAUUCUAGUACAAUAAAUAUAGCUGGGUGUUGUAUUUAAAAACAAA